CUGAGCCAGACGGGAGGGGUCCUUUCCACUGGCUUCCUCCCUUCUUGAACCAGGAGCUUCCUCAGCUUCCAAGCCCUGAACUGUCUUCCCCGACCGAGAGAAGGUGUGGGGUUCCCUGGGGGUGUGCCCCAGGGAGGGAGCCCCAGCCAGGGUGCCCAGUGCACAGACCAAUGGGUGCCCCCGGGAGAAAAGAUGGGUCAUUUCCUCCUCGCUCUCUGCAUCGUCCCUUGAGGCUUUAAAAACCACAGCCCAGACGGGCAGGAGGGACCUCAGUCGCCACACAGCCCUGGAGCACAGGACAUGGUCCUCAUGGAUAACGGCACAAGUCAUUACCCCGACGAGUACCCCUACGAUUACCCCUGGGGCACCCUGGACCCCGACGAACCUGUGGAUAACACUUCCUAUGCCCUGCGAGCUGCGGACAUCAUUGCCUUGAUCAUCUUCACGGUGGUCUUUCUGGUGGGCGUGCCGGGCAACGCCCUGGUAGUCUGGGUGACAGCAUUCGAGGUCAGGCGAGCCAUCAACGCCAUCUGGUUUCUUAACCUGGCGGUGGCUGAUCUCCUCUCCUGCCUGGCGCUGCCCAUCUUGUUUGUGUCCGUCGUGCGGCAAAGCGACUGGCCCUUCGGCGAGGCGGCGUGCCGGAUCCUGCCGUCCCUCAUCCUGCUCAACAUGUUCGCCAGCAUCCUGCUCCUGGCCACCAUCAGCGCCGAUCGCUUCUUGCUGGUGUUCAAUCCCAUCUGGUGCCAGAACUUCCGCAGGGCGGGCGUGGCCUGGAUGGCCUGCGGGGUGGCCUGGGGCUUGGCCCUGCUCCUGACCAUUCCCUCCUUCCUGUACCGCUCGCUGCACCAGGAGCACUUCCCAUCCAAGGUCAUCUGUGGCAUCGACUACGGCAGGGACGGCAGGCGCAAGGAGAAGGCGGUGGCCAUCGUCCGCCUGGUGGCGGGCUUCCUGUGGCCGCUCUUCACGCUCACUACCUGCUACACCUUCCUCCUGAUCCGGACGUGGAGACGCAAGGCCACGCGCUCCACCAAGACGCUCAAGGUGGUGGUGGCGGUGGUGACCUGCUUCUUCAUCUUCUGGCUGCCUUACCAGGUGACAGGGAUGAUGAUGGCCUUGUUCCCCAACUCCUCGCACGUCUUCCAUCGGGUGAGCAGGCUGGACUCCCUGUGCGUCUCCAUCGCCUACCUCAACUGCUGCAUCAACCCGGUCAUCUACGUGGUGGCGGGCCGGGGCUUCCAGGGCCGGCUCCGCAGGUCGCUCCCCAGCAUUCUCCGCAACGCCUUGACCGAGGAAUCCCAGUGCCGGGAGAGCAAGUCUUUCACGCGCUCCACGAUGGACACCCUGCCGCAGAAGACCCAAGCGGUGUGAGACGGGGGCUUCCUUGGCCUCCAGCACCCCGGAGUCCCCCUUCCUGGGCGGUCACUAUCUUUCUGCACUUUUUUUUUUUUUUUUUUUUUUUGGUACCAGGGAUUCACUGAGCCACGCCCCAGCCCUUUUUAUUUUUUUGAGACAAGAUUUCGCUAAGUUACUUAGGGCCUCCAUGAGUUGCUGAGGCUGGCCUUGAACUUGAGAUCCUCGAGCUUCAGCCUUCUGAGCUGCUGGGAAUUUGCGAGUUCACGUAAAGAAAAGCUUUAAGUUAAUAUGAGAUUUAAUGGGAGUUGGUUUUUUUUUUUUUUUUUUUUUU